CCACCCCUUGCAACAUUCCCUUCGCCCCCUCCCAGUCCCGCCCAUGGCCUGCCCGGACCUAUUUACUGACUGAGGAAGUUCAAGGCCAGUCUGAGAAGGAGCCUGGAGACAACCGGGGCUCCAGAUCCUGAUACUCACAUAACGGACACUUACCCCGACCCGCAGGGUUCUGGGAGGCCAUCUGCCACCCUGCCAGGCCCCAGGCGCUGCUCUCUCUGGCCAGAAAUCUUCCCAGGCUCUUUCCCACAACUUCACCUUCCUCCUCUGUUCUCUGGAGUCCUGCUGGCAGAGGGGAGGUAUUGAAAUGGAAGUCUUUGCAGCCUCGCCACCCUCUGUCACCUCGAAAACCCUAUGGAAGCAGUAUCGGGAAAUGAUGGCUGCCUACCAAUUUGCGCUUACUUUCCUCUUCAUGGGCCUUUUCUUUUCUCUUCUCAUCAUCUUCCUCCUCUUCACCUCAUUCUGGUCAAUCUCUCUUCUCUACCUGGUGUGGCUCUACCUGGACUGGGACACACCUAACCAAGGUGGAAGGUGUUUUGUCUGGAUGAAGAACUUGACAGUUUGGAAGCACCUAAGAGAUUAUUAUCCUAUCAAGCUGGUGAAAACAGCAGAGUUGCCCAGCGACCAGAACUAUGUGGUGGGCAGUCACCCACAUGGGAUCAUGUGCACCGGGAUUUUCUGCAAUCUCUCCACGGAGAGCAAUGACUUAUCCAAACACUUCCCAGGGCUUCGGUUCUGGCAAACUGGACUAAAUAUCCUCUUCUACCUCCCAGUCUACCGAGAGUACCUCAUGAGCUUUGGAAUGUGUCCUGUGAACCUCCAGAGCCUGGACUUUGUCCUGUCCCAGCCCCAGCUCGGGCAGGCCGUGGUCAUUGUAAUAGGGGGAGCCCACGAGGCCCUGUAUUCGAUCCCAGGGCACCACUGCCUCACGCUCCGGAAACGCAAAGGCUUUGUGCGCCUGGCACUGAGGCACGGGGCCUCCCUGCUGCCCGUGUACUCCUUUGGGGAGAAUGACAUCUUCAGAUUCAAGGCUUUUGCCGAGGGCUCCUGGCAGUUUCGCUGCCAGGUCAUCUUUAAGAAGCUCGUGGGCUUUUCUCCUUGCAUCUUCUGGGGCCGCAGUCUCCUGUCCAACUCCUGGGGGCUGCUGCCCUUCGCUGUGCCCAUAACCACUGUGGUGGGCCGCCCCAUCCCUGUGCCCCGGUGCCCCCACCCCACCACGGACGAAGUUGACCACUAUCACGCCCUCUACUUGAAGGCUCUGGAGCAGCUGUUUGAGGAGCACAAGGAAAGCUGUGGCGUCCCUGCUUCUACUCACCUCACUUUCAUCUAGGCCCUGAGCCGCUGACCCAGGGUGCUGAGACCUCCACCUACUGCCGUGCUCCGUGCCUCCAAUAAAAGCAAGUUCUGGAAGCGAGCUAGUCCAGGCUUCAUCCACGCCCAGCCUCGUGCGCUACAGAGUUGCUGCCUUAGAGUGGGUAGAGACUCAACUCCACAUGCGGCAUGACCGUGGACAAGCCUCUCCCCUUUGCCUCUUCUCUGGCUGUAAAUAAAGGCAUCUGCUUAGCUGAAAGCCGUCGGGCACCAGGACAGAGUUGGGAGGGAGGGUUGGUGGAGGGGCAGGCUGUGAAGAGCGAGCAGGA